AUUGUCCUGGUCGGUUUCGUCGUGUCUGGGCACCCAGCGGGAGUGCCGAAUUUCUGAUAAGGGGUACACGGCGAGCGAGAAGAGUGGUUGGGAGGAGUCUCUUUGUUCGUUUCGGUCCCAAUCAGUAAUAGUCUUCCGGGCGGCGUUUGUCUCCUUCUCCGAUGGCACGUGCGUCUCUACCGUUUGCAAUAAAGAAAAACACGACUUUAGGGGUUGCGGCCACCCGUCGUUUAUCUCGUGUGGCGUGUGUUCUGACCAAACACCGUGCCAAUCUCCCCCCCUCCCAAUUUCAUCACAUCACACACCCACCAUCACCAGUCUUAUCACCAGUAUUUCGCCGCAGCAGCCUACCAGCCUCCCAGCCUACCAGCCUACUAACCUACAGCCAUGGCUCAUCAAGCACUCAUCAACACUAUCAGUGCGAGAUGGGAGUUCAGCGUCGGUGCCUGGAAGCGAGCCCAAGGCCUUGACCGCUUACCCAUGCUUCACGAACUGACCGCGGAACAUCUGAAUGAGUAUAUGCAAGACAAGGCCGCCGAGAAUCUCGCGCUUGCCACGGCCACGACCGAUCUUGCACUCUUUUCCACCGGGCUUUGUCCAGGUUGCGAACAGCCCGGACAGGAGCCCGACUAUGUCACCGAGCGGCUUGAGGUGAUGAACGCGUGGGACCUUCGCGAGUACAUGUUUGCGCUCGACGACUUGAAAGACAACCUCGUCCCAGCCUUGCGCUGCUCAUUGCAAUGCUUCGCAGCCAGCUUCCUCACCAACGCCGUUCACCUCUACUUCUGGCCCUUGCCACAGCACAAGGUCGUGGGCUUCGCCCUUACGGCACUGACGGUCUAUCACGCCGGCUUCGCCCUGACCUACCGCUGGUUCCUGUGCCUCAUCGCCCGCUGCCGUAGCCACACCGAACAGCUCAAACAUAAGGUCGAUGGGGUGCUUCGUCAGCGAGUUGCCGCGGGCGGCUAUCGUGGAGGCGACGCCGAUGAUCUCUGCGAGGAUGAUGUGCGGGCUUGGUGCGGGUGGAAGUUCAAGGUCGUUAGCCACGUCGCCUGGGAGCGGGACCUCCGAUCCAGCUUCUACGAAACGGGCCUGACCUGGAGGAGCUUUCUCGAAGGAUCCAUGAGCUGGCUGACUCUCUGACUUGAUACGGUCGUGUUGGAAGGG